AUGGCGAGUCGCCCAUCAUCGGCCUACGAGCCGUUCACACACAGUCAGGUCCCAGAGCCCUAUGACCCCGAAAAGCCUCUCGUCCCUCAAGGUCCAUCAGAAUCGCCACGGCAAAAGCCUACUCGAGAACGUCGUGUCCGUAGAGCGACGACAAACUAUACUCGAAUUGUGCUGCGAGCUCUUGCUUUCGCUUUUGCCGUCAGCAUCAUCGGCAUUCAGGCCCAUACACUCUACGUCUAUCUGGAUACUCGCAACGACACGGCCAUCAACCGUGUCACGAACCUCAAGACAGAACUUUGGGCCUUUCUCGACGUCUGGCCGAACUGGGCCAUCAUGGGGACUGCCAUCCUCGCUACAUUGAUCCAAGUUGUUGCUAUUGGGACAUUGUGUUCCUGCUGCAUAAGUAUCCGCCAGAGCGUGGUCCACACCUGGGGCGCAUACCUGAGCUCCAUCGUGCUCAUUAUGGCAUGGCUGGCCGCAGUCGUGUACUUCAAGGUUGUCGGAAAUGCAGGCAAAAGCAAAAAGAACUGGGAUAUUUGGACCUGGUCCUGUCACCCCAAGGAGACUAGCGAUGCCCACAUUCCCUGGAAAGGCCUGUGUGUCGAGAAUACCUACACCUACUACGCUUCAGUCGUUAUAUUGUUGAUCGAAAUUCUCAGCUUUGUCAUUUUUGUCGUUCGACAAUAUAGAGGCCACAAGGCUGAGAAAGCCUCGUUCAAUGUCUAUGACAAGUUUCGAUCUCUGAGAAAAGGGUACAGCCCAUUCUAG